AUGUCGCAGCAAGACCCAACGUGUCUAGAAAAAUUUUCGCAGUUUUAUACAAUAAAAUGUUCUCAUAUUGCAAAAAAACUUUUUCUCACAAUAAGAAAACAAUGA